UUGAAAGCAACCAGUGUUUACGGUGGGGAAGACUGUUGAUAUAAACAGGCGCCCCCGAGGUAAGCGACACUAAUCUCCUGCCCGAGGGGAAGCCGGAAUGAGCGUCUCUCCGAGCCUGGCCGGGGUCCAGUAGCCUCUGCCCCGCUAGCCCGCCCGACGCGACCAUGGCCACCUUAGCCAGGGGCAGCUUCACCGUGCGGAGCCUCUUGGAUUUACCUGAGCAAGAAAGUGGCGGCGGCGGCGGCAGCAGCGAGGGUCAGGAACCGGCAGAAAGCUACGCCGCCUCUCCCUUUCGAGCUUGGAUGGAAACCGAAAGAAGCCACUAUCUCUCCUCGGACGACAGCGGCGCCGAGAGCCGACCGCGCCCGGCCGCCGCCUCGACCCGUCAGGCAGCGCGGGAGGCAGACGAGGAGAAGCUGAAGAAGAAGCGGCGGGUGCUCUUCUCCAAGGCGCAGACGCUGGCUCUCGAGCGGCGCUUCCGGCAGCAGCGCUACCUGUCGGCGCCGGAGCGGGAGCAGCUGGCGCACUUGCUCCGCCUGACGCCCACCCAGGUCAAGAUCUGGUUCCAGAACCACCGCUACAAGAUGAAGCGCGCCAAGGGCGGCGAGCGGGGCGGCGCCGGGAGCGGCCCGCCUCUCAUGCGGCGGGUGGUGGUGCCGGUGCUGGUGCGGGACGGCAAGGCCUGCGAAAGCUGCAGCGGCGCCCCGCCCUCGCGAAGCCCCGGCGGGCCCCAAGCGCCAUUCAACCUGCCCGGCUACUCGGCCUUCCCGCAAACCUCCUCGCUGGGCCUUUUCCCCGCCUACCAGCACUUAGCGCCGCCUUCCUUAGUAUCCUGGAACUGGGGCUGAGGGAGAUCCUGAGGGCUGGGCGGCUGCCUCCCUGGACACUGGAUCGGCUCCCUUCGUGAGGAAGAGACACCCCGGCCUUCGCCUCGCCCGACGGGGCUUUUGCUUGGCGCUCUCGGGACUCUGACUCCCAAUAGAACUAGUUUAGAGUAAACGUUUGGCGGAUUGCAGGCCUUUCAAAACAAUAUAUAUAUAUAUAUAUAUAUGAAAAAGAAAAGAUCCAUUGCAAUAUUCUUGGGAAGGGUCUCCAGCUGUGUUUUUUUACCUUACAUGGAAGUCCUGCUCUAGUAUGUGAUUAGGAUGAAAAGGGAAAUAGGAUGGUCAUUUCAAAAGGGCUUGCCAAUCCUUCUUGCAAAAAAAUGGGCCCUCUAGGUAAAUGUACAGAACAGAGACAAAAAGGUUGCAAUUCUAUGCUUGCCCAGGAGUAAGUCUUGUUGCUGUGUAGGGCUCCUUAGCAGUUACUUCCGAGAAGGCUUGUGGAGAUUUGCAUUUGGGCAAGUUGCAACUUUUGAGACCAUCCAGGUUAAUUCCAGCACAUAAUACGCACAUCUUUUCUGAAAACCGUAAAGGCUUUCAAAUUCAGAAGCAUGUUUUUACAGGACAAAUGGGAGUUUAUCAUCCAGGAACAAUUGGCUUGGAUUCCUUAAUAGAAGAAAGUGAAGUUAGGACCUAGAAUGAUUUGGGAAUAAAGUCAAUGGAAGCCUAAUUGGAAGGGUCAAAAAUGGUGGAUGACUGCACAAUACCUGCCAAACCUUCCUUUUGGACUUUUGUUUUAAGAAUCUAGGAAACUGACAUAAAGAACCAGUUGCAUUUCAAUUGAAGUGCAGCAGAUAAAGAGCAAUCUGUGUUGGAUGUAGUUUCUUUUUUUAAUAAUUCUACUCAUGGGGGUUGCUGGAAAUUAGUGUCUCUGGGUGGUUCAGAAGCUGCCAUAGAAGGUACUUGUGUGAUCAGAGUGGAGGAGAGGAGAUUUAAAAACAUGUAUUGGGAUGAUUGGUUCAAACUCCUUAGAAAUGCCUUGUGGCAUUUUGCUUAAUACAAUGAGGUCUCAGAAGUGAACCUCACUGAUUUAAAGGGCUACUCUUUGAAUAGUUAAGCACUGUAACAAAUGUGUUCCUCAACAAAUUGUAUGGAUUGAAGUCCAGUUGGCAAGUACACAAUAACCAGAGUUUAAAUGGUAAAUAAAAUGCCAAAUGUACAACCUGCUGUGACAAAAAAGUAAAUAAAUUUUAGACAGGAUGGGUGGCACAAAAUUGAAUAAAUUAAUAAAAUAAAGACUUG